GACAAGGCAGCAGCACGUGGUCACUACUCUGCACGCACCAGAUCUGCCCAGGCUGCCGGCUCUGUCACUGUGUCCACUAGGCCAGUCCUCACCAGCUAUAGAUGCCUUCUGUCUCCAGGAUGAGAAUGGUCUGAACUGGCCACAGACCUGAAAGUGGAGAUGAAAGAAAAUCCUGGGAUGAGGAUGCAAAAUUGCCAUGAGCUGCAGUGGACAGGAACCCGCAGACCACAAACAGCCGUAUGGAAGAUCCAGAAAUCAGAUGUACGCAGGGACAACUACAGUAAAUCAGCACAAGGACACAUCUACGACAUUCAAUCUCCUACAUUUUCAGUGAGUCCAGAAUCUUCAUUUGGAAGCUACAAUUCCUCUCAAGUCAUUGACUUGCACACAUCUAGAACUUCACAUGGAUCCUGUAAACUUAGCAACUCUGCUUUAUCCACAGACAGAAAACUUCCUCACAUCCAUAACUGUACUGAGCUCUCCAAGACUAGCACAUCCUUAGACGGCUCCUCAGUGAAUCUACAGUACAACGGGAAUCCAACCAAUCAAACCUACCUGACAUCUGUGGAGAUUAAGACUCCGUGGUACAUAAGUGUUCUCAAUGAAAAGGAACGUUGCCUUCUUAAACUGGGAGAAGAGAUAAACCGGCUUUCAAGAUAUGAAGUACAAUGCAAGAGAAAAGAUCAGGUCAUCUCCAAUCUGAAGAAUGAAGUAUUACAGCUUCAGAGUGAUGUCCAUAGAUCGGUCUACCCACAGACUGGGAGAGAAGAGGACAAGUCAUCUAUAGACCAUCUUGACCAACUAAAUUUGCACACAGAGAAAGAAUGUCUCCCUUUUAAAGAGUACCCCACGGAUGUAACAGAAGGAAAAUCACAAUCAGUAUCAAGCCAUAAGAAUUUAUCUAUGAGUUCGGAGGGAAAGGCAUCUGCUGUAUCCUUGGCAGAAAGCUUGCCUGAAAACCAGAGAAAAAGCCAAAGCAUACUAAUGGAAACAGAGAUUUUAAUUGAUGACAUCACAUCAAAAGAAGAUGAAGAAAAAUCUAAUUUGCCCAUGGAUCAACCUGAAGACAACAGUCAGCUUAUCCAGAAACUAAAGGAAGACAUGGAGAUCAUAAGGAAGGACUAUGAGAUGUCAAAAGGAGUCAUUUCCUCCCUGCAGAAGACGGUUUCAUCUCACGAGUCCAAACUGAGGAAAUCGGCAGCUGAAAAAGAAGCUUUACAGACAGAACUGAGGGAGAGAGAGAUUCAGAUACAAGCCAUGUCCAAGAAGUUUUCAAGUUUGCGAGAAGAAAGAAAACAUGAAGAGAUGAUGGCUUCCUUGGAACAGGAGAACUGCAGUCUUAGAGAGAUGAUAUGUGAACUCAAAUCCGAGGUGAUGAGGAGGAACGAAAUGAUUGCCGAAUUAAAGAGUGAAGUUCAAAGACUGCAGAAAGAGAUAAGCAAAUAUCAGACAGAAGUGAAGAAGCAAGAGGGGGAGACAAGUCAGAUCAAGAGCAAGGCAGAGGACUUGGCUUCUUCUGAGCAACAUGUCAAGGUGGCUUUGGAGACGUUGCACACCAAGUAUGAACGACUGCGCAGUAAGAUAAUCCAGGCUGCAUACAUGGCCCCCGGAUUCAAGGGUCCACAGGUUGUAAUCUCAGAUAAUGAAAUCCUGGAAACCAUGCAGGAACGUGUCCUGACCGUUCACUUGUACGACAUUUGGACCAAGGUCAGGUGA